ACUCGCACACCAUGCCCAUGCGCAGCCCCAGCAAGCUGAGCCACAUCUCCCGCCUGGAGCUCGUCGAGUCGCUGGACACCGACGACGUGGAGCUCAAGUCGGGCUACAUGAGCGACAGCGACUUGAUGGGGAAGACCCUGACGGAGGAUGACGACAUCACCACAGGCUGGGAUGAGAGCAGCUCCAUCAGCAGCGGCCUCAGCGAUGCCUCCGACAACCUCAGCUCAGAGGAGUUCAACGCCAGCUCCUCGCUCAACUCCCUGCCCUCCACGCCCACGGCGUCGCGCAGGAACUCGGCCAUAGCGCUGCGCACGGACUCGGAGAAGCGCUCGCUGGUGGAGAGCGGGCUCAGCUGGUACGGCGACGCAGACGACAAGGCCCCCAAGAAGCUGGAUUACGAGAGCAGCAGCCUCAAGAUGGAGCACGGCUCCUCCAAGUGGCGGCGGGAGCCCUCGGAGAGCUGCGAGGAGGCGACCAAGGGCGGCGAGCUGAAGAAGCCCGUUAGCCUGGGCACUCCGGGGUCCCUCAAGAAGGGCAAGACACCCCCGGUGGCAGUGACAUCCCCCAUCACCCACACGGCCCAGAGCACCCUCAAAGUGGCAGGCAAGCCCGAGACCAAAGCCACUGACAAGAGCAAGCUGUCCGUGAAGAACACGGGUCUGCAGCGCUCCUCCUCCAACGCCGGCCGCGACCGCGUUGCCGAUGCCAAGAAGCCGCCCUCGGGCCUCACGCGCCCCUCUGCCUCCAGCUCCUUUGGCUAUAAGAAACCAGCUCCCGCCACCGGCACUGCCACCGUCAUGCAAGCCGGGGGCUCGGCCACCUUAGGCAAGAUCCAGAAGAGCUCUGGCAUCCCCGUCAAGCCAGUCAGCGGGAGGAAAACGAGCCUGGAUGUCUCCAACGCGGCCGAACCCGGCUUCCUGGCCCCAGGAGCCCGUUCCAACAUCCAGUACCGGAGCCUUCCUCGGCCGGCCAAGUCGAGCUCCAUGAGCGUGACGGGCGGUCGCGGGGCGGCCCGCCCCGUCAGCAGCAGCAUUGACCCCAGCCUGCUCAGCACCAAGCAGAGCAGCAUCUCGGUGUCGCGGCUCAAGGAGCCGUCCAAGAUCGGCGCGGGCCGUGGCGCGCCGGCCCCCGUCAACCAGACGGACCGUGAGAAGGAGAAGGCCAAGGCCAAGGCUGUGGCGCUUGACUCCGAGUGCGUGACCCUCAAGAGCAUUGGCUCGCCCGAGAGCACCCCCAAGGCCCAGGCCAACCUCCCGCCGGCGGCCAAGGUGGCCGAGCUGCCCCCCACGCCGCUCAGAGCGGCUGCCAAGACCUACGUGAAGCCUCCCUCGCUGGCCAACUUGGACAAGGUCAACUCCAACAGCCUGGACUUGCCCUCCUCCAGCGAGCUGCACCCCCCGCACACUGCCAAGCUCCAGGAGCUGCACCCGGCCGGCGGGCACCUCACGCCCUGCUUCAGCCCCAGUCCUGCCCCCAUCCUCAACAUCAACUCGGCCAGCUUCUCCCAGGGCCUGGAGCUCAUGGGCGGCUUCAGCGUCCCCAAGGAGGGCAGGAUGUACCCCAAGCUCUCGGGCCUGCACCGCAGCAUGGAGUCCCUGCAGAUGCCCAUGAGCCUGCCCAGUGCCUUUUCGGGGGGCAGCAGCCCUGCCCCUGCCCCUGCUGCUGCCCCCCCUGCCAGUGCGGAGGGAGAGGAAGAGGCCGGUGAGCUGGGCUGGAGCGGGAGCCCCCGGCUUGCGCACCUGGACAGCACCAACCGUGACCGGAACACGCUGCCCAAGAAAGGGCUGAGGUACCAGCUCCACUCCCAGGAGGAGGCCAAGGAGCGGCGCCAUUCCCACACCAUCGGCGGGCUGCCCGAGCCGGACGCCCAGCCGGAGCUGCCCUCGCCCCCCGCGCUCUCCGUGCCGCUGGCCGGGAAGGGCCCGCUCACCAGCAUCGUGAGCCCCACUGCCGCCACCACCCCGCGGAUCACCCGCUCCAACAGCAUCCCCACCCACGACUCCACCUUUGAGCUGUACAGCACGUCCCAGAUGGGCAGCACCCUCUCCCUGGCAGACAAGCCCAAGGGCAUGAUCCGCUCGGGCUCCUUCCGGGACGCCGUGGAUGACGGUGAGCGGGAGCUCCCGCGCGCGCCCUUCCUUGCCUCGCUGCCCUCCUCACUGCCUGCCUCUGUGUGUCUCUCUCCGCCCUCGCGCCGCCAGGCUGAGGAGAAGAUGCAGUCUGAGCAAAUCCGCAAGCUGCGCCGGGAGCUGGAGUCCUCGCAGGAGAAGGUGGCCACCCUGACGUCCCAGCUGUCGGCCAACGCCAACCUGGUAGCGGCUUUCGAGCAGAGCCUGGUGAGCAUGACAUCCCGCCUGCGGCACCUGGCCGAGACCGCCGAGGAGAAGGACACAGAGCUGCUGGACUUACGGGAAACCAUCGACUUCCUGAAGAAGAAGAAUUCGGAGGCGCAAGCCGUCAUCCAAGGGGCCCUGAAUGGCACCGAUGUCACACCCAAAGAGCUGCGCAUCAAGCGGCAGAACUCCUCCGACAGCAUCUCCAGCCUCAACAGCAUCACCAGCCACUCCAGCAUUGGCAGCAGCAAGGACGCCGAUGCCAAGAAGAAGAAGAAAAAGAGCUGGGUGUACGAGUUGCGGAGCUCCUUCAACAAGGCCUUCAGCAUCAAGAAGGGGCCCAAGUCGGCCUCGUCCUACUCGGACAUCGAGGAGAUCGCCACGCCGGACUCCUCGGCCCCGUCCUCGCCCAAGCUGCAGCACGGCUCCACGGAGACCGCCUCGCCCUCCAUCAAAUCCUCCACGUCCUCCUCCGUGGGCAUCGACACGGCUGAGCUCUUCCAGGCCCACAGCGAGGGCGAGCCAGAGAAGAAGGAGGUCUCAGAGCUGCGGUCGGAGCUGUGGGAGAAGGAGAUGAAGCUGACGGACAUCCGCCUGGAGGCCCUGAACUCAGCCCAUCAGCUGGAGCAGCUGCGGGAGACCAUGCACAACAUGCAGCUGGAAGUGGAUCUCCUGAAGGCCGAGAACGACCGGCUCAAGGUGGCUCCGGGGCCCUCGUCGGUGCCAGGCUCCAUCGCCGGCCACGUCACGAGCACGUCGGCAUCCUCGUCACCGCGGCGCUCGCUGGGCCUUGCGCUCGGCCAUGCCUUCAGCGCCAGCCUGGCGGAUGCAGACGUGUCCCCUAUGGAUGCCGUUAGCGCUGGCACCCAGAAGGACGAGCUGACGCUGAGGAUCGUGGUGCGCAUGCCGCCCCAGCACAUCAUCAAGGGGGACCUCAAGCAGCAGGAGUUUUUCCUGGGCUGGACCAAGGUGAGCGGAAAGAUUGACUGGAAGAUGCUGGAUGAGGCUGUCUGCCAGGUCUUCAAGGAUUAUAUCACCAAAAUGGAUCCUGCUUCCACCCUGGGGCUCAGCACCGAGUCCGUCUACGGUUACAGCAUCAGCCACAUCAAGCGGGUCCUGGACACGGAGCCGCCGGAGCUGCCGCUGUGCCGCCGGGGCCUGACCAGCAUCGCCGUGACACUCAAAGGCUUGAAGGAGAAGUGCGUGGACAGCCUGGUGUUCGAGACGCUCAUCCCCAAGCCCAUGAUGCAGCACUACAUCAGCCUCCUGCUCAAGCACCGGCGGCUCAUCCUCUCGGGCCCCAGCGGCACCGGCAAGACCUACCUGACCAACCGCCUGGCCGAGUACCUGGUGGAGCGCUCGGGCCGGGACGUCACCGAGGGCAUCGUGAGCACCUUCAACAUGCACCAGCAGUCCUGCAAGGACCUGCAGCUGUACCUCUCCAACCUGGCGAACCAGAUCGACCGGGAGACGGGCACGGCGGACGUGCCGCUCGUCAUCCUCCUGGACGACCUCAGCGAGGCGGGCUCCAUCAGCGAGCUCGUCAACGGCGCGCUCACCUGCAAGUACCACAAAUGUCCCUACGUCAUCGGUACCACCAACCAGCCUGUGAAGAUGACCCCGAACCACGGCCUCCACCUCAGCUUCAGGAUGCUGACCUUCUCCAACAACGUGGAGCCGGCCAACGGCUUCCUGGUGCGCUACUUGCGGCGGAAGCUGCUUGAGUCGGACACGGACGUCAACGCCAACAAGGAGGAGCUGCUGCGCGUGCUGGACUGGGUGCCCAAGCUCUGGUACCACUUGCACACCUUCCUGGAGAAACACAGCACUUCCGACUUCCUCAUCGGUCCCUGCUUCUUCCUGUCCUGCCCCAUUGGAAUUGAGGAUUUCCGGACCUGGUUCAUCGACCUGUGGAAUAACUCGAUCAUCCCCUACCUGCAGGAAGGGGCGAAAGAUGGGCUCAAGGUCCAUGGGCAGAAGGCAGCCUGGGAGGAUCCCGUGGAGUGGGUGCGGGACACCCUGCCCUGGCCGUCGGCGCAGCAGGACCAGUCCAAGCUCUACCACCUGCCCCCACCCACCGUGGGGCCCCACAGCACCGUGUCCCCCGCUGAGGAGCGCACCGUGAAGGACACGACGCCCAGCUCCCUGGACGCAGACCCUCUGGCAUGUGGGGCCACCAAGCUGCAGGGCUCCGAGACCAUGUGCCGUGCGGGGAUGCCCGUGGUGCAUUCCCGUGUCCUGGCCGAGGCCCACAUGGGUGCCAGCUUUGGCAAGAACACAGAUGUCAGCUUGGUGCCCUGUCUUUGCAGGCCCUUCCAGACCCUCUCCAGAUCUUGA